CAGGACAGUAAUUACGCAACUCCACCCUGUUCAUUCCUACAGCGCAACUCUACUUUGAUCGGAGCGACAAUGGCAAACGCUGAUGUCGUUGCAUACAACAUCGCCGCGUUUAUCGCUACACUGUUCCUCUUGGAAUUUGGUGCGGAUAAGUUUAUUGAUCAUACCGCCAUCGUCGCUCGCCGCACCCGAGUCCCGGAGACGAUCAUUGGGCUUCUUACCGCUGGAGCAGAGUGGGAAGAGCUCGCCGUUGUUAUUGCAUCCCUCGCACGUAAUCGCGCCUCCUUGGCCAUCGGCAAUAUUGUUGGCUCCGCAAUCUCAAAUAUCCUAGGGGCCUUCUCCUUGGGUCUUUUAUUCCACGACAAGGAGCAGCCAAUCGAGUUCGACCGAAGUGCGCGCCUAUACUCCCUCAUCCUACUCAUCCUGACGACUUUCGUGACCCCUAUCACAUACUUUUCAAAGAAGAUAAUAUGGUUGGUUUGCGGCUCCAUCUUAAUCGCAUUCUUCGCCAUCUACAUUGGGUCCGUGGGGUGGGCAAUCAGUAAAGGGACUCUGACUGCGCCGGAGGACUCCGACGACGGCAGCGAUGAUGAGAGCAGCGAAGGGGAGAGCACAGCUAAUGUCGUAGCGCGGGUGGCACACGAUCGCGUUGAUGCAAACAAACAUGAACCGAAUGGAUGCGCUUUCGCCGCGAGCGACGACCAAACGAACCAAGCUGCACACGCCGGCGGCUCUACAAUGCAAAGGUCGUCAAACUUCAGGCGCCAGGGGCAUCGCACCCUACGUUAUCAUCUACUGUACCUCUUCCUCGGUUUCCUUGCAAUCUGCCUCGCAGGCUACGUACUGUCUCACGCUGCCACCGCCAUUACUGAUGAAUUUGGCAUCUCGGAUGUGCUUUUUGGUGUCUUCGUCGCUGUGAUGAGUGGACACCGAGGUCAUGCCGGCAUUCUUGUCGCAAAUACAGCCGGCAGUAAUAUUUUCCUGCUCGCACUGUGCUCCGGAAUCGUUAUGCUCGAUACCUCGGGGAAGCUUCAGCGCGGCAACGUGAGCAUCCCUGAACUAGGUGUGUUGUGGAGUUCAACGCUUGCAUUUACUCUCACGGUCUGGUUUGGCGAAAGGUUUUGUCGUUGGAUUGGAUUUGGGAUGCUGAUCGCUUAUAUUUCUUUCAUAGUGCUAGAAUUUACAGUGAUUCAUGGUGUCGCCAAUGGCGACUAG